AUGUCAAGAUUAUUCGACGCGUCGCUCCGCUUAGCACUGUUCUCGGCGGUUAUGCCGCCCCGUCCAGCGAGUGAGGAGGUCGGCAUCGUAUCUAAAACUCCUCGGGGAUUGAGACGAACCGUUCGCUCGUUCCCCACUGCGGCGAGCGCAUCUCUUAAUCGCCUCGGCCCGGCCCACUUCCUAAAACUGGACCGGGAGACGCAGAUGGUUAAAAUUAGGCCCGCCGGGAAUAGCGUAAACCGUGCGCCGCGUCACCGCCGCCCGGCCCCGCUCGCGUAUUGUGUUACAGCAUCUAAUCAAAGACCCAAUCCGCCGCUAAUGUGCAAUGACUGCGCG